GCCAUGGCUUCUUCAAAUCCCUUCCUCUUGGCCGCCGACAACAGCCCUGCGCUGCUGCCUCUCCUCCGAGAAAAGCCUGCGCUGGCAUCGGCCCAGGACGAGCAUGGCUACUCGCUUGUGCACGCUGCGGCCAGCUACAACCACCUCGACUUGCUCCGAACUCUGAUCCAGGAAUUCAAGGUCGAUAUCAAUAUCAAAGACGAGGACAACGAAACCGCCUUGUUUGUCGUCGAGACUCCCGAAGCUGCCAAAGCCCUGGUCGAGCUGGGCGUGGAUGUCAUGCACCGAGGCGUGGAAGGAUUUACAGCGAGAGAGAAGAUUGAGGGAGAAGCCGAGUUCCCGGAUGUUGCGGCUUACUUGGCUACCAUUGAGUCUGAAAAGGCUGGAGAAGAACUCGAGGCGGCUGCUGCCGAGAUUGCGAGGAACGCCCCCGAAGGCAUGAAGGUCACUGUUGGCACUAUGGACGAGACGCAGGAUAUUCCCGCCGAGUUCGACCCAGAGUUCCGUCGCCGAAUAGAAGAGUUGGCGCAGCGAGAAGACUUUAAUACUGCCGAGGGCCAGGCUGAUUUGCGAAAGCUGGUGGAAGAGGCCCUGCUCGACCAAGGAUUGUCCGAGGAGCGCAAUGUGCGAUCUAAGCAAGCCUAAGUGUUUCUGUUUCAAUCCAGACUCUUAAUCUCCCAC